GUCCACAUUGCCCCGGUGCCUGAGGCACAGCGGCUCCAGGAGGUGCUGGCAGGGCUGCCCGUGCUGCUGGAGUGCCAGGUGUCCCCCCCAGAUGCCCCUGUCCACUGGCUGAAGGACGGCAAGGCCGUGGUCCCGACCGAGGUCCUGGCCAUCUGCUCGGAAGGAUGCUCGCAGAGGCUGCACAUCCCUGCAGCUGCGCUGUCCGACUCGGGGAUGUACACCUGCGAUGCCGGGGACGAUGCUGCCAGCUUCAGGGUGACCGUGAGCGAGGCACCGGUGAGGAUCGUCAGCUCCAACGAGGAGGCCCCCCAUGCCUACGUGGCCGGGCAGCGUGUGGAGCUGUGGUGCCAGCUGUCCCGCCCGACAGCCCCAGUGCACUGGUACAAGGAUGGGGAGGAGGUGGAGGUGGGUGAGAGCCUGGUGCUGGAGCAGGAGGGGCCGCGGCACCGGCUGGUGCUGCCUUGCGCCCGGCCGCAGGAUGCAGGGGAGUUCGUCUGCGACGCUGGCGGGGGCUCUGUCUUCUACACCGUCACUGUGGCGCCAGGGUGUGUGGAGCUGCGGUGUGAGCUCUCCGUGCCGGAUGCUCCCGUGAGCUGGUUCAAGGAUGGGCUGGAGGUAGAUGAGACUGACAACCUGCUGCUGCUGGCGGAGGGGGCCUGGCGCUGCCUCCUCAUCCCCAGGAGCAGCGCGGAGGAUGCGGGCGAGUACAUCUGCGAGAGCAAGGAUGAGGCCGUCUCCUUUGACGUCAGGGUGUCAGAGCCGCCAGUGAGGAUCCUGCAGCCCCACAGACCUCCUCCCAUCGUGACAGUGUCCCCUGGGGAGACGGUGACACUGGACUGUGAGCUGUCCCGUGCGGAUGCGCCCGUGUGCUGGACCAAGGAGGGUGUAAGGCUGGAGGCUGGGGGCAGCCUUGUCCUGGAGGAAGAGGGUGCCCACCGCUGCCUGCUCAUCCCCGCGGCCCGAGCCGAGCACUCCGGAAAAUACGUCUGCGAUGCCACCGAUGACACAGUGACCUUCACCGUCCAAGUGUCAGACCCACUGGUCAGGAUCCUGGAGAGGGAUGUCCUGCCGACCCACCGGCACUGCCGGGCCAUGGAGGACCUGGUGCUGGAGGUGCACCUCUCGCACGCCCACGGGGAGGUGAAGUGGUACAAGGACGGGGAGAAGUUGCAGGACACCGGGCGUGUGCGGCUGGAGGAGGACGGGGCACACCGCUCGCUCAUUGUCCUGGGCACCACAGGCAGGGACGCGGGGGAGUAUCUCUGCGACACCGGCGACGACAGCAUCAUCUUCUUCGUCACCGUGGAAGCCCGGCCCGUGCGCAUUGUCAACAAGGAGGAGGUGCAGAGCCCGCUGGAGGUGCUGGAGGGGGACAGUGUGACACUGGUGGCCCGGCUGUCCCCUGAGACGGCGGCAGCGCAGUGGCAGAAGGACGGACAGACACUGCGUUCGGGCGGGCGGCUACUGGUGUGCAGCGAGGGCCCCGCACGCAGCCUCACCAUCAAGCAAGUGGAACUGGGCGACAGUGGCAUCUUCCUCUGCGAUGCUGGUGAUGAUGAGGUGCAUUUCAUGCUGCACGUGAAAGCCCGGAAGGUGUUGAUCCGGACACCACUGGCAGACGUGGAGACCUUUGAGAAGGAGACAGCCACCUUCCACCUGGAGCUGUCUCACCCCAGCGUGCCUGGGGUCUGGACACGGGACGGCAUCCGGGUGAAGCCUAGCGGCACGUGCCGGAUCAGCGCCACGGGCUGCGGGCACAGCCUGACGCUGGAGGGGCUGGCGCUGGAGGACUCGGGCACCAUCACCUUCACCACUGACACACUGCGUUGCAGUGCCCGCCUGCUUGUGCGGGAGCCUCCAGUCACGAUGGUGAGGGUCCCACGGGACCUGGGGGUCCUGGAGAUGGGGGUUGCCAGCUUCGAGUGCGAGCUGUCGCGCCCCAGCGUGGAGGUGAAGUGGUUGAAGGAUGGUCAGGAGCUGCGGCCAGGGCCCAACUGCCGCAUCUACUCGGCGGGGCGGCGCCGCAUCCUGCCGCUGAGCCGCUGCGCGCUGCGCUGCCCAUCGGGAUUGUGA